UCAGCGAGGAAAAAUACCACUGUCUUUUUUAAAUAGCGCGCGUGAGAACCAUUUAAACCAUUUGAAACGUAAUACGUUUUUGUAAUUGAACGACUUCUCUAACUUUUGGCGACACUGAUUUUCCCUGAAAAGACCAUUCUGUGACAAGGAAUCUAUUGAAAUAGUCCGGUUGGCAUUGUAUAUUGAAUGGAGAUGAGCAUGACGAGCUUUCAAAAUCGGCGUAACUGGAGAUGAAGGUUGUAUCGUGUUUUUACUACAAAACAGUCUGCUUUUAUUUUUUGCCAGUCUAUCCCCAAAACUAGUCAUCCUUCAAAUAUUGAAAAUUGCUUUCAUAAUUCGAUGUUGGUUUGUUUUUGUUCUCUGAAUACUCAUUUUAUACGGUCACUAUUAUAAGACUUCUAAUAUUAUAUUCGUUGCUUUUUAAAUUCACUUGUUCUACAUCGAAUUUUGACAUUGAAGUACACACUGUAGUUCGACAGGGCUCUCUAUUAUCCCAUUAGGGAAUUUUCAGAACAACAACUUGCGUCUGGAUGCAGAUUUGUGAAUGGUAUAAAUAUACUAAAUUAACUACUUUAAAUGAAAUAAUAGCUAACAAGGAAUUAAUUUUAAAGCAAAAGUUGCCAGUGAAAAUUUAUGGGAUCUCGGUGAAUGGUUGUUUCAGAGCAAUUCAUUACUAUUCAGCCUUUAGUAAUAAAUGUGAUAGGUUGAUCAAUUCUUGGCGGCCAAACCAAAACAUGGCACAAGUCCAUGAAGUCACUAACAAGUGGACUGAGUCAUGUUGGUAGGUGUAGACUACCUGGUUGGGGACCGCGAGAUGAUAGCAACCGAUGGUUAGAGACCCUGAAUGACAUGGCUCGAAAUUGUUUGCAAUGGCGCAGGUGCAUCCAGUCUUUGUGUUCUCUCAGAUUCUAAUCUUCUGAAUUCUUCAUGUCCCUUUUUUCCUCUUUCCAAAUUUAUUUCACUGUAUUAUACUCUUUAAAUAACAUCUCCAAACCCUAAUUUUCCCGAUUACUGCUUAUACUCUUAUUACCUCUACCACUACGGGAUUUGAAUCGACAACUGCAUCUCUGUGCUAUUGUGGUGUGGCAACUCGAACUGAUGUACGUACGUACGAAGUUCUACGUUGUUACUGACUGACGUUAAUUCUUGCAAAUUGUUCUUCAAUAAAGGACCAGCUUCUUCUUGAUAAUGUUAAAUGGUGGCGUUGAUAGCAGUUGUUUGUGUAGGGCGUCCCAGUCAUUGACUACUCAAUGAGAAAUACGGGACCCCACACCGAGUUUAUUAGUUCGCAGUUUUGAACCUUGUUUCUCUGGCUUCGAAGGUUAUCGGUGCUACGGGCAGCAAAAAGAUAAGAUACAUAUCAGCUUUAAAAUGUUGGACGAUUCAUUAAGGUGAAAUAAAAAGGUUAAUUAUACAUAUUGAAGGUCAAGCUUGUGCUGUGAGGUUGGGUUUUAUCCCUGUUUUUUUGUUAAGAAUUAACAUCAGCUACUACUCAACAAAACUCUGACACUUGUUUAUAAACUUUGAGAGGUUAAGUAUGUAAUUUGUGGUCGUGACAGAUUGGGAAAAUAUUAUCGUACUGCACAAUCGCCUCAGACUCUGGAUUUAAUAAUGAGACUAUAAUUUACGGACUACCUUUAUUUAUUUAUUUAUUUAAACACAAAUAUUGGUACAGGAGGGCACCAAAUAUAUAUGCGCCACACAAAACAAUGAGAAUUUGCAGAGAAGGAAGAAAAGGCAAGGAGCGUAAAAAAAACGAUAACGAACAGAUUAGUGUAAGGUAGUGUAAUAAUAAUGGGGGAAACAGAAACGUACACUCAGAAGAGAUCUUUCAGUUAAGGUAGAAGCAACCACUUAUGAAGAAAGUAAAAGGUUACAGCAGAAUAGCCACUGGCUUCUAUUCUGAGCCAUAUCUGAUAACGUCUCUACUCGAGAACGUUUAGAUAGAACCGAAUUUCCACCAUAGACGAGCUGCUGUAUAAGUCGAAAAAUAAGGAUAGACAGAGUAAGAAUAAAAGAGAGUGAAUAAAUGACGUAGUAAAUAAUAACAAUAGUAAUAAUAAUAAUGUGAAUCGUUUGAUUAAUAGUUGAAGCAAGAAAAGUAUUUUCCAUAAUUAUCGACAGUUCCUCAUAUUUGUGUGCGGGCUGUGAUACUGCUCGGAUGCCCAGACCGAAGCAGGUGGUUAUCUUAGGGGGCCACACCCCGAGCCUUCGACCUGAAGGUCUGAUUCACAAGGCAGUGGAGCAUCGUAAGGAGAUGCAGUCCCAUGGUAGCCAGUGACCAACGAUUGGUUCAUACGCUCUUUGUUCCCGCAGGAUACUGGAGCCCAUGUGCACCAUUGGUUUGGAAUCCAGUUAAAGCGCCGGACAUUCGCUUUUCGCCCUUUCAUUUUCGUAAACAACACCCCCGCCACGAGAAGGCGGGGUGACGCUAAAGUGACUGAGAAAAUUUACUCUAACGGGUGUCAGGAGAGGGUUAUAAAUUAGCACGCGGAACCAGGAUUGGCAUUGAGAUCUGGAAUUUAGGGUUUUUAUCGCAAACUGACGUAAGCUAUAAUGCCAGAAUGCUAUUUAACCAUAUAUAAAUUGGUGAAUUUCGCGACGAAAUCCCAAACUUGCUGUCUUUAAUCUUAUUGGUUCAUCCAUAAAUUAUAGUCUCGUCCAUUUAAUCCUAUCAAAUACUUUAACACAAUCUGUAUCAUGAGCAGGAAUUUCUUGUUGUUUUGGCUUGAGCACACUGUCAUACUUACCAUUUAGUUAAAUAGUAGAUUCUUAAAAAUCAAUUUCAUAGAUUGUAAAAUUCAAACAUUGGCAUCUAUUCACUUAUUUCAUAAUUACACAUAAGCCAUCUUUCAUUGCGUUUCCAAUUUCAUACGACAUCCUAUGGAAUGUUAUCUUUCUUCUAAUGUUCCUACUCUAGCCCAGUGGUAUAAUGCACUUUAUUACGUUAAGAAAAUUCUUAAGCAAAAAUUACGAAAAUCAUAUACGUUCCCUACAAAAGUUGACAUUUUUAAUGUGCCUGUUAACUUUGUUACUCAAGACAGACUUUCUCUGAAUAAUUAGAAUUUACAAAAGCUCUAAUUUUAAAUUUUCACUGACUCUAGUGUCAUAUGAUGUACGUUCCACUAUGCGUUAAGUUUUAUUGUGAGAGGACUUGAAAAAAAGUGUUUCAGUCACCAUAUGUCAGUCGGGUCUUUGUAAUGGCUCUAUCUGACCACAACGACAACGAAGUUGCUACCGUAUGAAGGCAAUCAAUUAUCAAAACCUUGAUGCUCCGUCAGUGAAAUAAUCUAAUUUUCGAUCAGCUUGCUGAGUAAUCACAAGGUAAAGUUCAGUUUUUACCAUGCAGUAAAUGAAAAGCCUUAUCACUAGUAUUAACUGAAACGGGCAACAAGCAAAAUAAAUUGAGGUGGUGGGGAGUAUUUGUAACUCAGGUGGGUGAAUUUGGUGGUUUUGUUCUUUGAGCUGGAUGGCUUGGUCUUGGAGCUUUCAUCGUUUCUCUGAACAACAACAUCAGCACGAACUUCAGGUAGACGUUUGUGCUGAUGAUGUUAUUCAGAAGAACGAUGAAAUCUCCACAACCAAACCAUCCAGAUCAGAGAACAAAACUCCACCAAGAAAAUAAGCUGUAGAAGUUAUAUUUAGUCAUGAUAUAAAAACUUAGUUUAAAAAAUUUUUGUUGGGCUAAUUAUGUUCUUUCUAAUAUCUACGCAUUUUUUAGGAUGUCAAGCCUUAUCCAGUUGAUCCAUCUUAUUCUGACCCACCAGUUGUUGAAACAGACUAUUCAACAUGGGGAAUAGUCAAAGCUGUUCAGUAUGGAAUUACAAAACGAGUCAUUGAGUUGGUGGAACCAUCAGAUCCACAACUAGCGGGUUAUGAUGUCAACCAACUGGAUGAUGAGGAUGUCUCGCUGCUACACUGGGCCGCCAUAAACAACCGUUUAGCGAUUGCUCGUUAUCUUCUAUCGAAAGGUGCAAUAAUAGAUAGACCAGGUGGUCAUCUUGCUGCAACCCCACUUCACUGGGCUAUUAGGCAAUCACACUUAAGUAUGGUACACUUCCUUAUGCAAAGGGGCGCUGAUCCAACGUUUAUGGAUAAUACUGGUCUAGGAUGUUUUCAUGUUGCAAUACAAAUGGGAAAUGUCCCAAUUAUCGUUUAUUUGCUUUCUCAUGGGGUCAAUGUUGAUACUCGAGAUGGUAAUGGGCUCACUCCAUUAAUGAUAGCUUGUAUGCAUGUACGAUCAGUUGAUAUUUUUCGUUUGUUAAUCUCAUAUGGUGCAAAUUUGCGAUUAACUGAUUCACAUGGCAACACUGCAGCACAUUAUUCUGUUCAGUUCGCUAAUUUCCAAGCUGUCGUACAAUUAGAUAAGGGUGAUAUUGACUGGAAUGCAUUGAAUGAUGAAAACAAAACACCGUAUGAGGUUCGUGUAGUUCCAUGGUUAACAGAUCGUGUCAAACAAAUGGCAAAUGUACAGAGUAUAAUGAAUUCGUCGCACCGUUUCUCGCGUUUAGGCUUAUCAAUGCUACAUUAUUCACCUGUAUGGCGUCAACGAAUAACAAUUAUGCUUCCACCAUUAAUUCUUAUUACUUGCGGUCUACUUAUAAAUUGGGAUAUACCAUCUACAUUAUAUCAUUUAAAUUUUGCCGAUCAAUCGUCAAAGAUUUCAUCAUGGAUAAUAUAUUCCACCAAAUUUCUUUUAUUACUGUUAUUAUCAUUUACAGCACGUUUUAUUAUUGAUCGAUUCUCAGAUCAUAAGUCACAGGCUGUAAUGCUGUUCAGUUUAGCAACAAGUACAAAAUUGUUAUUAACUACAACAUAUUUAUUUCACAUCACAUUACGUACACCGAAUCAUUGGGUGUUGCAUCUCUGGUUUCUAUUCUUUAUUACUAUGCUGUGGACAACAUUUAUUCUAUGCUGUACAAAAAAUCCUGGCUACGUAGAUGAAAUUAUUAAAAAAGAAUGUCAACAAGAUACUAUUGCUCAAUUACUUGAUGAAGUGUUGAAUAAUACAAAUGAUUUAACAUUAGCAAAUAACAAUCAAGAAGAAUCUUCGUCAUCAACAUUAUCAAUCAAUCCAUUACAACGUUUCUGUACAACUUGUUUUAUACGUAAACCGUUAAGAUCAAAGCAUUGUUCAACAUGUGAUCGAUGUGUAGCACGAUUCGAUCAUCAUUGUCCAUGGAUAUAUAAUUGUGUUGGAAUGAAGAAUCAUUUUUAUUUUAUUAUAUAUUUAUUAUCGACCAGUGUUUCAUGCAACCUAUUUAUGUUGGGUACUAUUGUUUAUUGGCAAAAUGAAUUCAGUUGUCUACCGAAUACACCACUAACAUCCGGGAAAACUGAUAUAUUUACAAUCAUUUGGUCAUAUCUAUUAUGCAAUCCAUGGAUUACAUUCUGUUUUAUAAAUGCUGCUUUUUAUUCAUUUUGGACAACAUUAUUAUUUGGUUCACAAUUUUAUCAAAUGGUAUGGUUAAAUGCAACAACAAAUGAACGUAUCAAUAUGGAUAGAUAUGUUGAAUUUAAUACCAAUAAUAACAAUCAUAUUAAUAAUAAUGAUAAUAAUAAUAAUAUGUCUUUAUCUAAUGAAAAGUUUCAUAAUUCUACAAAUUACAAUCGUCCAUAUGAUCAUGGUAUAUGGCGUAAUCUACUUGAUUUAAUUGGUUUACCUGGUUUUAUUAUCAAUUCAAAUAAAUCUGUUGAUUGGCGGCAAAUCUAUCAAAUUGAACAAUUAAAUAAUCAAUAUCCAAUAUAUACUACUGCUACUACUACUAAUAAUAAUAAUGAUGUAGAUAAGAAAUUAUUAGAUUGGUCAAUAUAGUUUUCAUUAAAAUUUACUAUCACUAUUGUAUAUAGUAUACAAAAAAGGGGUUUUAUUUUUUCUGCUUCUUUUUUAUCAUUUACUGCUCAAUUACAAUUUGUUUACAUUUGAACAUAAUGUGGUGAAUUAGUAAUUAUUGUCAACAUCAUUAAUCAAUAUUGAAUGUUACCGUGAAUUACUUAAUGACUUAUGCCUGUUACUUUCAAUGGAGUAUAGGUCACUACCGACUAGCAUUCUCUAAUCCAUUUUGUUCUAGGAUUUCUUUUCUAAUUCUAUUCAAUUAUUAUUCAUUCUUCUCAUGUUUGUUUCUAUUUCUUGGUGUAAUGUGUUCUCUGGUCUUCCUCUUCUCCUUUAUUUAGCCUUGAGGAAUCCAAGUGAUGAAGGAUUACCUUGUGAUGUAGUUCGGUGCUAAUGCUAAUGAUACCGUUGAAUUUUGUUAAAAAAACACACAAUUUUUUUCUCUUUUAGAAUAUAUAUGGUACAUUUAAUUUGCUUUUAGUUUACAGUUUAUUGGUUUUAACUUUGUUUUUUGUUAUUGUUGUUGUUGUUGCUGCUGCUGCUGCUGCUGCUGCGUGAAUUCUCAUGAAUUGGUUGUAUUUAUUCAUUAAAUAGAUCAGUAUCAGAAUUAUUCAUUGCUGUAAAAGUGAUAGUUUUUUCUCAGCAUAAUUAUACAUUGAAUCAUUUUAUUGCAUUCAAUAUAAUCUUAGUUUAUUGUUGUUGGACUUAUGAUGGUAAUACGGUGGUGUGUGUGCUAAUUAUAUCGACAUGAGUAGGAUAUAACGAUAGUCAGGACUUAGAAGAUCGAGAAAGACAGAACGUGAACAGAAAGCAAUUGGUAUAAAAAUGCAGGAAUAAUGAAAUCUGAUAAGACAGACUGAUAUUUACAAAAGGGAACAUUCAAGUUUGAGACAAUUGAUUGAUAUAUUGCAUAUGAAGUAUUUAUUGUAUGAUUCUUAGAUUUGACUAAGGAUGUUCUAGUAAUCUUGUGUUCAAAUACAUUCGAUUGUCCUUCACUUGUGUUCACUUUCACUACACUACGAUUGAAUUAUAUCUUCUCUUCACAUUUUUUUCACUAUUCUUUAACUGCUAAUUGAGCAUUUUGUGUGUGUAUAUAUCUACCUACUUACCUGUGUGUUCUCCCAAAUUUUGAUCUCCUUAUUCCUCCUUGUCUCUUUUUUUUUCUCUUCCUAAAUUUAUUUCACUGUAUUAUACUCUUUAAGUAACAUCUCCAAACACUAAUCUUCCCGGUUACUGCUUAUACUCUUAUUACCUCUACCACUAUGGGAUUUGGAUCGACCACUGCAUCUCUAUGCUAAUGUGGUGUGGCAACUCGAACUGAUGUACGUACGUACAAAGUUCUACGUUGUUACUGACUGACUGACUUACCUAUCUAUCUAUCUACCUAUUCAUCGUCUAAUUGUACUUCCAGUUUUGUUGAUCUUAUACUUGAUCAAUUAAUCAGGUUAUAUUUUUAUUUAUUUAGAUAGAUUCUAUUUUUUUCCCCUGUUUAUUCAAAGCAUUUUUGUUUGUUUGUUUUGUUUUCCGAUAGUUAUGUAUCAUUUCAUAUGUGUCUCAAACCGAUUGUAAUACUUUAUUCUGUUUCAUUGGUUUUGUUUUGACCUCUGGUUACCAGGUAUACAUAUACCUGUGUUACUGUUUAUCAUUUCUGUAUGAAGAAUUAACUACAAUAAUAAACUAUAUUUUCGGUUGAUUGUAGUUUUUUUAUUAUUGAGAUAAAAAUAAAUAAACCGUUUCAUGUUGUGAUUCAUUUCUUAUAUGUAAGUAUGCAUAGAGAGAGAGAGAGAGAGAGAGAGAGAUCAUGUAUGUAAUAUACUUUAUGUUUGAAUGUUAGUUUUUUUACUUUUCUUUCUUAGAAUAAGAUUUACUUUGAGAUGGUGGAGAAUAUUUGUAGCUCAGGUGGAUGAUUUUGGUGGAGUUUUGUUCUCUGAGCUGGAUGCUUUGGUCGUGGAGCUUUCAUCGUUCUUCUGAACAACAUCAUCAGCACAAACUUCAGAUCGAAGUGAAGGGUUCGAAUUUUUCCAUAUGUGUUUCACAGCUUGUUCUGUGCACCUCGAUGUUGAUUGGUUCUUAAGGAUCUUAAAUUUAUCAUUGUUUACUUCUUUGUUUUGGUUGUCUCCCAUUGGUUUGAGUUUUGUUCCUAUAUUUAUGCAUGAUUUUCCUGAUUGGUUGAUAAAUUGGAUUGAUUUCAAUAUGUUUGUUGAUUGCUGAUUGACCUGAGUGCCAAGCUUCUAAAAAUUCUCUGGUGUUUUUAGAAUUUCCUCUGUCUAAGAUUUCUACAUUUUCCCAAUCGAAUGAGUGUCCGUAGUUAUCCACGUGUAUUGACAUAAGUGAAGAGAUAUCAUGGCGUUUGACUGCUAAUUGAUGUCCAUGUAGGCGUAGGUGGAGGGGGCGUCCGCUUUGUCCGAUGUAGUGUUUGUCGCAGUUGGUACAAUUUAUUUUGUAGAUGAUGUUUGAUUUGUUUUCCUUUUUGGUUUGCAUAGGAUUGAUUGUAGUGAUUUUGUUGGUUUGUGUGCCACACCUAUCCCGAAGGUUUUCAGCAAACCAAACCAUCCAACUCAGAGAACAAAACUCCACCAAGAUUUACUUUAUUUAGUAAUAUUACUCACUCUGUUAUCUCAUUUUGACCAAUUUUUUGUUUUAAUAUUAUUAAACUUCAUAAACUCAGGCAAGUACAGAAUUAGAAUGAAAUGCGCGUCCUGGAUUCCAUGGCUAACCAUUAUCUAUAUAUUUGCUUAUAAUGCUUGUAAAUUAAGGCAAUAUGCAAAAGAUGCACAUAUGCCAAUAAAAGACUAAUCGGUGAGACUAUAAUUAAUGGAUGACCUUUGAGUGACGGUGAAGUGACCCUGAGAGUGAACAACUACUAAUUAAGACGAAAUGAAGGUUAUAAAGCAGUUAGAAUUCUCAUUUACGAUUGAUGGUUAGGAUUAAAAAUUAGAUUUAGGGUUUAUAUCACGAACUGACAUCAGCUAUAAUGCCAAAACACUGUUUAGCCAAAUGUAUGGAUGAAUUCCGCGCCCAAAUUGGUGACUCGUUAUCUUACAUCUGAUUGGUUCGUCCAUAAAUUACAGUCUCGCCGUUUUUAGUUUUUAGUUGUAAUAAUUAAGUGUUGAAUAAAUCUAUGGAAAUCUUUAAUCAUAGCUUUGUACGUGUGUAAUAUCAUUCAGUUUACAAAGAUUAAGCUAUAAUUCUUUCUUAUUGACUAUUGAUUUUCCCAGUAUCUUGUUAAGAAUUGUUAUGUGAUAAAUACUAAAGAAUGAUAUUUACCAAUAUUUUCUGAGGUUGUGGGAUCCAUCGUCAUCUGACAGAAAUAGCGAAUUGGCUGUUAGUUGUAAUUUGUCCAGAGCUUAUAGUCUUUAGUAGUUUUGUCAAGCUUUGUUGAUCAUAGUUGUAUGUCCACUUUUUAAACUACUGUGUUAUAUACGGGACUCUAAAAUGAUCAUUCUUUUUAUUUAACUUCUCACUGAUCGACUUUAUGUGGAGAAUCGAGCUACUAAGUUCUUUUAAAUAGACAUACGCCUAUUACCCCUCAUAGAGGAGAAUAGACCACUCACCGGCAUUCUCCAUCCAACUCUGGCCUGGGCAUUUCUUUCCAGUUGCUAUUCAUCUAUUUGAUGUCUCCUUCCAACUCCUGACACAGUGUGUUCUUUGGCCUUCCUAUUUUUCGUUUCCUUUCAGGAUUUCAAGUUAGUGCUUGCUUCGUAAUGCAGUUUGACGAUUUCCUCAAUGUAUGUUCUAUCCACUUCCAAUGUCUUUUCCUAAUUUCUUCCUCAGCUUUAACCUGGUUUGUUCUCUCCCAUAUUAGGCUGUUGUUGAUGGUAUCCAGCCAACGGAUAUUGAGUAUCUUGCGUAGACAACGUUUAAUAAAUACUUGUACAUUUUUAAUGAUGGUCGUGGUGGUUCUCCAAGUGUCCGCUGUAUACAGUAGGACCAUUUUGACGUUCGUGAUGAAGAUUCUCACUUUCAUGUUGGAUUUCAGACCGUUGUUUUGAGUUCCAUAUGUUCUUCAGUUGUAUGAAUGCUGUCGUUACUUUGUCAAUCCUUGCCUUUACGUCUGCAUCUGAUCCUUCUUGUUCAUCGAUGUUGCUUCCCAGGUAUGUGAAGGAUUAUACAUCUUCCAGAGUUUCGCAAUCAAGUGUGAUUUGAUUGCUGUUCUCCGUGUUGUAUGUAAGGACCUUGGUUUUCCACUUGUGUAUGUCGAGCCCUACUUAUGCAGAGAUUUCUGCUACACUAGUUGUUUUCAUCUGCAAUUGUUGGUGUGUAGGCGAUGGAAGAGCUAGGUUAUCUGUGAAGUUCAAGUAAUCUAGCCACAUGCAAACUGUCCAUUGUAUUUCGUGCUUCCCUUGAGAUAUGGAGCUCUUCGUAAUACAUUCAACCACCAGAAGAAAGGGAAAGGGGGAGGGUAAGCACUUGAUCCUUACGGAACCCAGCUUGUUGAUCUCGAAGUUGGACGUCUACUGCAUCUUUCAUCCGGUUCAGCAAAACUCUGUUAAAGACUUUACCUGGUAUUGACAUUAGUAUGAUGCCUCUGUAGUUUUCACAUUUGCCCAGAUCUUCUUUCUUUGGAAUCUUGAUGAAGUGUCUUUCUUUCCAGUCCAUCGGCACUUGUUCCUCCACCCAAAUAUUCUUGAAUAGAAGGUGAAGUAUGUUUGUAGUUACUUCGAUGUCUGACUUCAGUGCUUCAGUUGGUAUAUUGUCGGGUCCUGUUGCUUUCCCGUUCUUGAUUUGUCUGAUCGCUAUUCUGAUUUCUUCGGUCGUUGGUGGAGUGACAUCGAUAGGAAGGUCUGUGUGUACUGCUUCGGUGUCCAGUGGAUUCAUUGGAGCUGGUCUAUUCAACGGUCCCACGAGGUAUUCUACCCAUCUGCUCCUCUGUUCUUGAAUCUCAGUGAUUGGCUUGCAUCGUUUUCCUUAACCAGUCUCUCUGGUUCACUAUAUUUCCCUACCAGUUUUUUCGUCAUGUCAUAUAGUUCUUUUAUAUUUCCUCUUGCAGAUUUUUCCGCUGUCUUCGCUAGCUCUUCCACGUAUUUAUUCUUGCCGGUUCUAAUGCUCUUUUUUACUUAUUUGUUUGCUUGUGUAUUGAAGUUGUGCCUUGACCUUUUCUGCUCGUAUUUGGCUUUUGUUACUUACUCUUUUUGCUCUUCCUUUCUUGAAUCUUUACUAGGGUUUCGAUAGAGAUCAGUUCAUUGUUAUAAUGCUUCUUGACGCCCAGCACUUCCUGACACGUUCAAGUUAAUGCAUCUCUGAUCCCUUUCCAGUUGCCUUCCAUCGUAAUUUCUUCUUCGAGUAUAUCUUGUAAGGUUUGGAAUGUGUUGUUGAGAGUUAUCUUGAAUUGGUUGAGUUUGUCAGUAUGUGGAAGGAAGGUUGUAUUGAGCAUUUGUAAUACUGUUUCCUCAGUUGUCUACCACAUCUUUAGCUUAAAUUUCGUCUUGAAAACCACCAGGUGGUGAUCUAAAGGUAUGUCAACUUCUCUCCGGGUUCUUACGUCUUCCAUCGUCCUUCUGGACUUUUUAUAUAUAGAAAUAUGAUCGAUCUGUUAUUUAGUAGUGUGAUCCGGUGAAACCCAUAUAGUUUUGUGUUGGAUAUAUUGUGCCUCCUAUAACCAAUUUGUUGAAUGCACAUAAGUUUGCAAAUCUCUCGCUAUUCUCGUAUUUUUCUCCUAGUCCAUGUCAUCCCAUGAUAUCUUCAUAUCCGUUGUUGUCCAUUCGGACUUCGGCGUUUAUUUCUCCCUUUGGGAUGGUCAGGUCUUUUGCUCAACACUUCGCUAUAAUUGAUUUGAACCUCUCGCAUAACUGCUCAUUAUUGUCAUCGUUGCUAUCAUCGGUGGGUGCAUAACAUUGUACAACUUCUAUCGUGAUUCCAUUCUUUGUUUUGAGGGAUGCUUUGGUGGUCCUGGAUCCAUGAGAUUCCGAUCCUAUAAGUGCAUUUCGUACUUCUUUAGGCAGAAUCAGAGCAACUUCCUGAAUGUGCGGAGCAUUUUCUUCGUGUACGAAGUACAGCAGCAUCUCCCGUACCUAACCUUUACUGUCCAGCGUGAAUGCGAUGAGUUUCGCUGAUUCCGAGCACCGUCAAGUUGUAUCUGCUCAUUUACGUUGGUAUUUGACUGGUCCUCCUGGUCUCCCACAUUAUCCAGACGUUCCAUGUACCUAUAAAGGUUGUUGCCCUGGUUGUUAUAAGGGGCACAGGCCUCGUGACUUCCGAGGCAUCUCGGCUUUCAUCAUGAGGCGCCAUAAGUCUUUCUUCAACUUGUAAUGCGAAGUUUUGAUGAUUUUAAUUGUGUAUUCUGGUUUGGAUUUUUUUUUUUAGCAAGAUUGUCUUGUACGGGAUGAGGUUGCUGACCCCACGCCUAAUGCUCCUCCUUUAUGGGGGCUUGUUAUCAUCAUUAGCCCUAGAAGAGCUACAGGCUGAGGUUUUAAAUAAAGAUACUAGUAAAAAACUCAAUGCUUUUUUUAGAAACAUUCAAUAACACUGUAAAAGUGUCCAAAAUUUGUUUCGUCUGUAACCUCAAGCUGCCUAAUAAGUUAAUUUUUAGAACAACAAUUAAAGACAUUAUUUCAUCAAAUAAUUUGAAUCCAUUGGAAUGCUUUUACUGUCAACACCGGAAAACCGUAGGACUACUUCGUGUAUGCGGUAUCAGAGUGCUUUUUCUAACCUCUCCCAUUGCCAACAGGUAACUGCUUCAGGUCCUGGUUAUCCAGGAAAAACACCUUACUGUUAUUACGGUUGCAGUACGACUUCAGCUUCGCACAUUUGAUUAGCUAAUUUUGAUUUCACUGCUCUCCAACCUAUAUGCCUGAGAUAACAGCCUCAAUGAAUUAGUGUUCCACUCGCUGAAGCUCGAUUAAGUUGUCAAGAUAUAUAGCUACGGUCAGAAGUAUACGUAUCUGUAGACAGUUCCCUAUCUUCCCAACAGAAUGUAUGAGAGACAGAUCAAUCGCAUGAAAUAAUCUUAGUUCCUAAACCUUAAAUGUCAAUCCAACUAUCGACAAUAAUAACUUGAUUAAAAACGAAACUUAGUGAGCUGACAGUUGUUGUUUUUUCUCUCUAACCUCAUAAGAUCACAAAUAUGAAUCGCUCUGCACUAAACUAAAUUUAAAUAACCAUGAAAUAUCGUAACUCAUUCUAAAAACUUCCUUAUUGAAUAGUGAAUCCUAUUCACAUUCUGUUGGGAUGUGAACUGUCACAUUUUGAAAUUGUUCAGUCAGUGGGGGUUAUUAUAAUUGUCAGGUUUAUGGUUUAUUUCUUGAAAAGGAUUAUUUUCUUAGUGUUUCACACAUCAGGAUUAGAUACAUUUGUAAAUGGAGGAUUUAAGAUGAGAAGUUUAGCAUGUUUUGAAAUUUCCCGUCUCGCCACCACUAAUUAUAAUCAAUAUAAGAUAAAAGGCCAUGAAAUAGUCAGCUUAUAUUCAACUUCCUAAGUAUAUGAACAUUAGGAAAUUAUCGAAGUUUAGUGAGGAUGAUGAAGUCAUUCAUUUACCAUUUAUAGAUUCGUAUACUCGUCUUUGAGUCAUACUUUGGACAUGUAUGAGUUGAUGAUACUAUUCGUCUGCGGAAGACUAAGUAGGUGGAUUGGGACUGAAACUUUAUUUUAACACUUAGAUAUUGGUACAAGGAGGUACCAAACAGAUAUGCGUCACAUAAAUCAUUCGAUUUUUGUGAGGGCUUUGAUACUGCCCGGGUGCCCAGACCGAAGCACGUGGUUAUCUUAGGGGGGCACACCCCGAGCCUUUGACCUAAAGGUCUGACCCACAAGGCAGUGGAGCAUCGUGAGGAGUUGCAGUCCCAUGGUAGCCGGUGACCAACGAUUGGUUCAUACGCCAUUUGUUCCCUUAGGAUACUGGAGCCCAUGUGGAGCAUUGGUUUGGAAUCCGGUUAAAGCGCCGGACAUUCGCUUUUCGUCCUCUCAAUUUUGUAAACAACAUUAAUGCCACGAAAAGGCAGUGAUUAUGACUGGUGUAAACUGAUGUAUUCUACUAAUAUCACAUUAAGGAUGAUUAAUAACAUUGUGAAGGGGUUAAAACUUUCAACUGAUCAUAACUCAAGUUCUAAUCCAUCCUUUUAGACUGUUUUGGUUCAUAUAACGAUGAAGCAUCACUAAACUAUCAUAUAAAAAAGAAUAUGACCCAAAAUUCGAUUACUGAAAGUUUUCUUCAUAUAGUCCAUUAUAUGGUAGUCAACUCAAUCACUUAAUAUGCUUUGAUUAUUCUGAAAAUCUUGUGUGUACAAACUUUUUCUAAAAAUCUUAUUACAUUUUAGGUUUUAUGCUAAUUCAUUAACAACAAUUUGACACACACACACAGUGAAUUAUUUCAAUCUUCAUUCGUAUCCACUAUGUUACACGAUAGUGGUGGUAAACGUGAAUUUCGAUGGGAAUCGGGUUAUGAAAAAACAUGGAGUGCUAUUCGUGAAGAUGAGUCAGGACGUUUGGUGACAACACUGGAACAGUUAAUACACGAUGCACAUACACAAAUAAGAAAAAAACGCAGACGUAUUGGUGUUGGAUCUACUGGAUUUGUACGAUUAGGAAUGAUGAGGCAUUUAUUUCUCAUUAUUGAUCUAUCACAAGCAAUGAAUGAACAAGAUUUGAAACCGAAUCGUUUAAUAUGUACUGUAAAGGCUGCUUGUACAUUUGUUCGAGAGUAUUUCGAUCAAAAUCCUAUCAGUCAAUUAGGUAUUAUUGUUACUUCAGAUCGAAGAGCUGAACGAUUAACAGAAUUAUCAGGUAAUCCUAGACCACAUCUUUCCGCUUUGCAGUCACUUUACACACGUACUUGUAUUGGUGAACCUAGUUUACAAAAUGCUUUAUUAUUAGCUGAAUCCAGAUUAAAAUAUACAAUUCAUCAUAAUGAAAUUGUAGUAUUAAUGGCUAGUUUAACUACAUGUGAUCCAAGUGAUAUUCAUCAAACUAUUAAAAGUUUAUCAUCAAAUAGAAUACGUUGUUCUGUUAUAUCAUUAGCUGUGGAAGUAUUUGUUUAUCGUGCACUUGCUCAAUUUACACAAGGAACAUUUCAUGUUAUUAUGGAUGAAUUACACUUGAAAAAUGUUUUGAAAGAUUUAGUGCCACCUCCAGUGGCUGCUAUUGAAACUGAAGCUAAUCUAAUUCGAAUGGGCUUCCCACAUUCUGAAACUUUUGAUCUUGAUCGUUUCGCUGUUAAACGUUGUAUGUGUCAUUUAUCAAAUAAAUCAACAAAUGAUAAAACUGAUACUACAACUAAUCCACAUUAUGCAUGUCCAAGAUGUCAUGCUGCAUAUUGUGAAUUACCAGUUGAAUGUAAUGUUUGUGGAUUAACAUUAGUGGCUGCACCUCAUCUUGCUCGUGCUUAUCAUCAUUUAUUUCCAUUAGAUUUAUUUGAACCAGUAAAUGGUUAUGAUAGUUUUAGUGAAACAUCAUUAGAUAAUCAAGAAAAAUCAAAAGAAACUAUUGAUUCAACAGAUUGUACUACUGAUCAUCAACCACGUGUUUGCUUUGGUUGUAAUGUAAUGAUACCGUUGAAAAUUCCUGUGAGUUAUGAAUGAAUUAACUGUAUUGGUUAAUAUGUAGUUUGUUCAAUAAAUAUAUCAUGAACCGAGCGAUUGCACUUAAUGACUAUGAACUAAACGUUUAUCCCAUUGAGUCAGUCUGACCUUGAUAGCAUAUGUUUUCCCAGUUGUUAUUAAUCGAUGAGUGUAGUUUCUUCCUAAGUUCUCAUGAUAUCCAGUGAAUAAGCGAAAAUAUGUUUGUACAUGCAACAAUGGUUGCUCACAAGCUUUUGGUUUACAAUUCUAUCAAAAUGCUAGCCUAGAAUUCGUAAUCUGAAAGUGAAACCUGACGAGGCAAAUGAAAAGUUUGACUUUUAACAACUUCUAUGAACGUUUGGAAUAAUGCAUACUAAUACAUGACAAGUGUAUUACUACAAAUUUAGAAUAUUUUGAUGUACCCUGAAUGUUGUAAAGCUAGUGGUUGGUAUUAAUGGACAGAUUACAUAUUUCUCCUGUUAAUAAAUAAUACGUACGGUUUAGCCAUACAAAGUAAGUUGUCCUUGAACGAUUCUGUUGGUUCGGAAAUCUGGCAAAAGCACAAUUAUGUAUGUGUAAUCUUGUUCGCAAAGUGGAUAAAGCAUUACGUGCUACCAUAAAAACAUGGCAUGGUUUAGACACUUCUUCGACGCAUCUAAUAUUACACAAACAAAUAUUGUCUUUCUUAUACUAUAGUUUAAGUUAGUGAAAGUUUUCUUGGUUUCAUUUCAUUGAUCGAAUUACUGUAUUAAGUGUGUAACGAACUCGAAAACCACAUGACUAUUUAUGCACAAUGUAACUAACUAUAGGCUUCAUUCUUUGUAGCUGUUUGUGUUCAUUAUCAAGGAAUCCGAAACUAGAGUGAAACAGGCGGUUGGUGCUUUCUUCAGUUGACGUACAUUUACGUAGCUACAUUGGUUCUAGCUAUCACAAUAUAUCAGCAAAGUGAGAUGGAAUCAGCAAGAUAAAUCUAAAAUUAUCAUUAGCAGUAUAGAAAAACAGGCGUAGAUAAUAUGGAUGGAGAAGAAAAAUAAAUUCACUGAAUCAAAAGUAUUAAUUGUUUUAAGACAUGUAUGAAUAAAUCUGUUCCAUUGCCAUUGGUUUUGAGCCAUAUCACCCACUGUCUUCAUUUAUUAGUUACCAAGUUAUCUACACCUACCAGCACGGCUCAUUCUAACUGUCAGCAAUUUCAUGGACUGAUAUCACGUCUUGUAUCCUCCACCCCUGACUUUUUCCCAGAGUACUGCUACACCAGCACACAUCUUGUUGUCUAGGUAGAUGGUGGCUGGUCAUACGUGAUACAUGUGAAUAACAACUACAGUGGAUAAAGAUUCAGUCUCUAGUACCUUGUAUCUAACCCCGAAAUUGCUUAUUUAGUGGUUCCAACAUCAUCACUAUAGAAAUAAAAAAUAAAUUUAUACAGACGACAAUACUAGCUGUAUAUGUGAAUUCACAUGAUCGAACCUUUCACUUAACUUAGUGAUAUAAUCAUUUACAAAAUAACACUUAACAUGAAUAAAAGGUUUUUUAAAACGUUAAGUGAUUGUAGGCUUGCAAUUUGGUGUGUAAGUACACUCACUAACUAAUGAGUAUUGAGACACUUAUAUUUGAAGGAUUAACUCCGAAGGCACUAUUGUAACUGGGUGGUCGAUUGUGUUUUAUUCACAUCGCCUCUGUUGGACACGGAUGGCCAACUGCCAUUGUUGGUGAGUCGUCGCUGUUAUGUGCGUAUUGAAUCUAUUAAGUUUGCAGUCUUAAUGCUUAUACAUUAAAAAUACGGGAACAUCACAAUUCCUGAAUUCUACUGCUUAUACUGUGAAACGACAACCUAUACAAUUUUCACUAUGUAUAGUGACAAUACGAAAGAUUGAUACAAUCAUGAUCUGUUGACUCCUCUAAAACCUCUCAAAACAAUUCCCAAAAUCAAAUACUCAUUAGACCAAAAUACAAUCCUUCAUAAUAUAAUUUUUACGCACAGUUAUAUCAUAUAGGUGGAAACACAUGAAAUCACUUUAAUAAAACAUACACAGUAAAUACAAUUCACUUGAAUUGAUACAGGGGACCUAAUCGUCAUGCUGUCACCCUGACCAAAAUUCAUAAUUAAUUGAUACAAAAGUAUUAACCUAAGUAAUGUCAGAAAGGUUUUUGUGGAUAUUAUAGUGAUUUCAAUAGUUGAGAUCAUGAGUCAAUUGAAGCUAGACCACCACUAUGGAAAGCAUGGGAGCACUGGACGGCCGUUUCGUCCUAAUGUGGGACACCUCAGCAAUGCGUAUCCACGGUCCCGCCUUGCGUGCGAGCGCUUAACCUCAAGACCACUGAGCCGGCAUCCAAUGGUGUUAAUGUCUAACUUCAACUAAUCCACAAAAUUGAGCGACACAUUUACCAUUGUCAUCAGUUAGUUACUAUCUCACAACUGACCCGGUUGAACUCCACUGGUCACUGCUUCUCACUAGAACUCCAGGAAAUACCUCUUGAAAGCAGUCACUAGUGAGCAUGUGUUGAUUCAUAUCGUAAGUGUUUUCGUGGAUAUUAUAAUAAUUUCAAUGGUUGAGAUCAUAAGUCUGAUAAGCCCUGUGUUCGAACCUUGCGAGGUGGGAUUGUGGAUGCGCACCGCUGAGUAGUCCCACAACAGAACGAAACGACCAUCCACUGCCUCUAGGUUUUACAUGGUGGUGGUCUAGCUUCAAUUAACUCAUGAUCUCAACCAUAAAGACUAAAUAAUGUCAUCUCACCAAUGUUAUCUCACCAUAUCAGACAUAUAACUAUCAGGCUCAAUCAUUACUUGCGUGAUCAAGUUUUUUUUGUUUAUUUCCUGAUCAAAUGAAAUCAUUUGUCUUUAUUUGUUUAUUUGCUUUUGUCUUAGGGAUAUCAAUGUCCUAAAUGUAAAUUUAUAUUCUGUCAUUCAUGUGAUGCUGUUCUACAUGAUUCCAUUCAUUCAUGUCCUGGGUGUUUAACUUUAUUAUGAUUGAUGAAACAUACUAUUGGUGAAUUGAGAUAAUUUUAUAGAAUAAUUGAACAGGAAAACUGUUCAGUCAAAUGGCAUUUUUCUUUUAUGAAUAAAAUAGAAAUCCUUUAUGAGAAUUGUUGUUCUCUCUCUUUUUUUUUUAGAGCGUUCCCCUUUUUAACUGUAAAAUAAAUGUUCCAUUUUCUAAUAACCAGUUUCUUUGAUUUAUGUGUUUAUUGUGGUGAUUACAUUUAAUGAAACUUUACAUAUUUGUUAGAAGCUAAGAUAGAUAAGGUUUGUUGUGACGUAUAGUGUCUGAAAUUUGAUACUGAUACUCGGUAUGUUAUGAACUAAUCUCCCGCCCCCGAAUGACUACUUGAGUGAGAACACUAGAGUGAACAAGAAAGUGUAUUGGACUACCGAAUAAAAUGCACAAUUACUCAUCCAUGUAUAUAUACCAAUCUAUCCUUAGGAAUUUGACCCAUUUUGACCCCUAAUGAAGUGUACAUGACCUUUAUGUCACUUCUGAUUGGUACUUUAUACCAGUGGCUAGCAGUGGACGCGAGUUUCAUCCUAUUUGGGACUCGUCAGUUGGAUGUACCUGCAUAUAUUUUGCAAAGAGUGUUUUUCUCAUGUAGUGUUUAUAAAAGUCUUCGAUAUCGAUUGGCCAAUCGAUAAUCCGUUCUACUGUACUGUGGUCCAUGUUGAGAAAACAGUAUAGCCUUAUAAUUUCUAAAGUUUCAGAUUAUGAUGUAUCUGUUAAUGAGUAAUACAUAAACAUAAUUUGGAGCGUGUAUCUCGACUACGCAAACAGCAACAAUCGAGGCUCGAAACCGUUUAGAUGAGUCAUCGGCAGAAGAAUUUAUCAGUGAAAUGGGGUAGCCAUCAGGAAAAAUGCUGUGAGUAUUAGAAUAUUAAAUAUCUCUAUGUUGUAAAUUAGAAUAUAAUAUUUCAUCAAAUAACAGGCUUUACUGUAGAAUACAAUAAUAUUUAUUCAUUUGUAUGAAGAAUAUCAAAAUUAAACUAAUCAAUGUUAAUAAUGGAAUAGAUUGCAUAAUCAAAUAUAAUAAGUACAAAUUGGUAGUAUUAAGAUGCCUGAUAUGCUGAUAGUGAUACUAAGAGUUUGAAUAGAUGUUUCAACAUUAGUAGAUCAAAACUUGAAAGAAUGAACAAAGUGAUUCAUUAAAAGUAUGUGAUAAAUGAUGUGCGAAGGAAAAAGACCAAUCGGAUGAUAUGGAAAAUUCGUGACAUUAACUAUUUAGUCUCGUUAGGCAAAAGAAACCAAAGCAAGUUGUUGCGUCAACACCUGAAUUAAGGAUAGGGAGUGAAGUAGUCGAACGCGUUGACAACUUCACUUAUCUUGGAAGUCUGAUAAGUCCUAAUGAGUUGGCGUCUCACGAAAUCUCAGCACGGAUUCGUAAAGCUCGUUUGGCUUUUGCCAACUUACGUCACCUAUGGUGAAGGCGAGAUAUCCGUCUAUCAAUAAAAGGACGAGUAUACUGCGUAACAGUCCGUUCUGUUUUACUUUACGGCAGCGAAACAUGGCCAUUAAGAGUAGAAGACACUCGUAAGCUAUUAGUAUUUGACCACAGAUGCCUUAGAAAUAUUGCUGGCGUCUGCUGGGAUCACCGGGUAAGUAAUAGUGAGGUUAGACACAGAGUAUUAGGGAAUGAUGGUAAAUCAGUUGAUGAGGUUAUGAAUCUUCAUCGACUGAGAUGGUUGGGCCACGUGUUACGUAUGCCUGAACACCGAUUACCACGUCGUGCAUUGCUAACGGGUGUUAGGAAUGGUUGGAAGAGAAUUAGGGGCGGCCAAACCAAAACGUGGCAUCAGUGCUUGAAGACACUAACUUCUAGUCUGAGCCAUGUUGGUAGAUGCAGACUACUUGGUUGGGGUCCACGUGACUAUCGUAACCA